AUGUUCGCUUUUGAAGGCUCGCACAACGGUCUGCACGGCCACGGACACGGUCGCCAUGUCCUGUUGAACCAGAAUUACGAGGUGAUCAGGUCACUGAGAGCUGGUGGACAUUUCAUUAGCGACAAGCAUGAGUUCAUCAUCAUCAACGAGAAGACGGCGCUUCUUCAGAUUUAUCAGCCGCUGCAGAUGGACCUGAGUGGCUACGGCGGCGAUGAAGAUCAGACUUGGAUAGUAGACGCGAUAUUUCAAGAGGUCGACAUUGAGUCUGGUCGUGUCCUAUUUGAGUGGAGAAGCCUAGACUUCGUAACCCCAAAUGAGACCUCGCUUCCCCUGGCCCUAGGUCAAGCAGGGUCUGGAACUCACAGUACGACAGCCUGGGACUACUUUCACAUCAACUCGAUCACCAAAGGCGACGAUGGACACUAUCUACUUUCUGCGCGUCACGCCUCGACCAUUUACAAACUAAACGGCACAGAUGGCUCAAUCAUCUGGCGCCUUGGUGGUACAAAGUCCGAUUUCAUCCUGGGUCAGGACGUCUCAUUUGGGUUCCAGCAUCACGCGCGCUAUCUCCCAGCCAUCAAUGCUUCGACAGAGGUUAUAUCGCUUUUUGAUAACUCAUUCUACGGCUCGGAAUCCGCUGGAGGUGGCGAUAAAGCAAUCCGGCUGCACCCCUUUUCGAGAGGUAAAUAUAUAGCGCUGAAUCACGAAAGCGGCCUGGCAACGCUGCUUACCGCUUUCCACCCGCCCAAAAACUCGAUUCUCUCCAAAUCACAAGGGUCUCUUCAGACACUGCCAGGUGGAGGUGCGUUGUUGAACUGGGGAUCCGAAGGCCAAUUGACAGAGUAUACAUCGGAAGGGGACAUCGCCUUCCACGCCGGCUUUGGUGAUGGGCCCUUAGGAGAGAUGGAGCAACACAACUACAGAGCUUUCCGGUACAACUGGACAGGCAUCUCAGCAGAGUCGCCCGCAGUUUAUGCUGAGGAGGUAGAUGUUGGCACAGUCAUACUCUACGUGAGCUGGAAUGGUGACACGAGAACCUCCAGAUGGAGGUUCUCUUGGAAGGAGGAGCUAGAAAGCCGCCCAGAUCAAGUUCAAGUCAAGAACCAGGAGACUCACCGGACUGGGUUUGAAACCUCCCUGACUAUUCGGUCUCGAGGAGCAUCCAUUUCGCAAGUGGUCGCUGAGGCACUGGAUGUCCAUGACGGUAUCCUCGCAAGAUCCGAUCCAGUCUCGAUCGCAAUUGCGCUUCCAAAAGCUGUCAAGGGUCAUCAAGGGACCUCUGAGCUGCAACUGGUCGAGCAGGGCACAGGAGUGGUGUUUCAGGAGCUUUGA